AUGAUGCAAGCAGGACAAAAGCUAGGGAUUGUGUACAUCGGGAAGGCUGGUGGCAAGGUCUGUGCGGAACGUUUCGACUGGUUUCAUUUACUUACCUGUAUUUGAUCUGAUCAAGAACUACGAGUUGAUUUGUAAUCUUGCAAUUUAAUUUGUUGAUGUUCUCAUGAUCAGUUAUUUCAGUCGUCUCGUAAGCAGUUCACUUGUUUGAUUUUUCAUGUGCAGAGUGCAGCCUAUGUUAAAGAAUCUUUAUAUCUAGUGAUAAAUUCACUCUUAGGAAAUGUAGUGCGAAUUAAUUGAUGUAUAGUUUAGAGUGUAACUAAAUUAUUCCUGACAUGCAGGUGAAAGGGGAACCCUUUUCAGCUGAAAAAUUUAAGUCUCAUUUGUUGGUGAAGUCUCAUGUAAGAUUUACAGCGCCCACAAGGCUUAGAGGAGGGAUUUACAGUAUUCAGUGACAUCCUCUGGGGGGAGUUUUCGCUGAGGAAUCUCUUUAGUUACUCAUUGCUAUUAUUAUUAUUACUAUCAAUUUCAUGGUUCUCUAUUUCGAUCUACAUGUGUUGAAAAUCAGCCUGAUAGGAGGAAAUAAUGGACUCUAACAAAGUGAAUAAUAUAUCAAUGUAUUGUAAUGUAAACUUGUAAAUGGAAUUCCAUACUUCUUGAGGUUUCGUUACUGUACACAUGAUGAAAACUACUGUUGGGCUGCUGAGCUUAUUAUAAAUUUUAAUGGCCCAAGGCACCAAGGAGGUAAAGAUGCAGCAUAAAAAAUCCACAUAGCAGAAUAAUUUCCCCAGUUUGCUCCUUUGUAGGUUAUCUUUGGUGGUUAGUACAGAUCCAAUCUCUGGGGCCACUCUGCUAGAAAAGACCAUUUUUUAUUGCCUAAAUCUUCAUCACUCAUUUGAUACAUUUUCUGAAUGUUUUGUUAAUAAGCACUAUGGCAGGAUGUGAAUUUCCUUUUGUUAACUCAUAACAAUUUUUUUGUGCUUUAACAUCACUCAAAUUUUUUUGUCUUACUCCUUGUUUUUCUUCAUACCAUCCUUUGUAGCACAAAUAUUCUCUUCUUGAUGAAAAAGAUGUUCAUCUAGUGAAAAAGUUUCGAUUUGAGGUGGGUGAUUUCAAUUUUCUCUUCCCACACUAACUCAAUGAAACCUUACAGUGUUUAUCAAUUCUUUUUUUGCGUUACCAAUGCAAGGUUCAUCCAAAAUCAAGGGUCUGCGCAUUAAGUUAUGGACCUCAUUUUUUCAGCUGAUAUUUAUAGCAGUACGGAAAAGCAUUCAGACUAUAAAUCCAAGGGGUAAGAAAACAGGGGUCUGUAACUUACAGUAGUGACCAAGGUAAUGAGAUUGGUACAAUAUUGAAUCUAUCUCUUGAUUCAAAUAGACAGGAAGAAAUCUAAUCAAACAAACUUUUGAAUUUAGCAGGCCAUACAGUGAAAUACUGCCUGCUAAUUUGACCUACCAUAUUGCAGAUUUUAAUUGAGAGAUAUAGUCUGCUACAUUAUUGUUUGUUGUUUUGUAACUGGAAAUGCAAAACAUAGUCAUUUUAAGCAAAGACGCUUAAUAUUCAAAGAUGCUCAUGUGCCUGUAAGGUGUCUCUGAAAAAUGACUUAUUAAUACUUGAUUUGCAUUUGAAAAUUUUACAUAGCAUCAUGCUACUACAAUUGUAUGAUGUAUGGAUUCCUUUUCCCUGUUUUUAAUUUGUGGAUUUACGGUAAAAGCUUUGUAUUGUUUCAUCAGGCAAAAGUUGAUGUCAAUAAAGAUGGUAAUGGUGCUAACAUCUUUGCAUAUGCAUUUGACUUGUCAAGAGAAGGAACAAGUGGAUGCUAUUUCCAUGAAUAUAUUUGGUAAGGAAGUGUUUUGUUGCCUCUCUCACUAGCCCUUAAGAGAGAAUGUUUUCCAAUCAUUAAAUAAACAAGAAUGUUGUUAAAUAGUAGUGAGUCUUGCCUUUUUUGUUUAAUAAAGGCAACUCACCCUUGAAUAACUUAUGAAUUCUAAGGCUUGGCAUUUGUCUGGCAAAAAUUCUGAGAACAGUAGUCUAAUUUACUUAGUACAUGUAUAAAGAAACGAUAAAUAAAUAAUUAGUUCAGUUAACUGAAAGGGACCUUAAGGCAUUUACAACUACACACUUCCAAUAGUGAAACAUUACCUUAGAUGAACAUGUGAAAUCUGUUGUCUAAAGCAAAGUAGUGUGAUGAUACAUACCUGUAACUGUAUUGCACCAUAUUAUUUGUAUGUGCAGAACCAUGACUGGUCUUCAUAGAGAUAAUCAUGACAAUAUGAUAAUGGUUGUAUAUAUUAUUUGAAAGUUCAUAAUUUUGAAAGUAUUUUUCUAACAAUCAAAACAAUGUAGAAUGUAAUGGAAAGUCAUGGAAGAACUUAUGAUGGAUUUUUUUUAUGCAUUGUCUGAUCUAAACAGGAUGUAAAGCUUAGGGUGGAGUUUGCAUGACCAGAAUCAUUUCAUUUGUUUAUCUUCUGCAAACACUUCAUUUUUACAUUUAAUACCUUUGUUCUUGUUUUUACCUUAGGGAGAGACAUUGUGGUGGCAUAGCACCUGGCUUUAGAGUUUGUCACAAAAAUGGUGUAACAGUUGGUAAGUUAUUAGAAAUUUUAAAAAAUCAUUUCUGAAACAAAAUGUAAGGAUAAGGAAUUGCCUUUGAGUUUUCAGCAUCCUGAUAAAGUCAUUAAUUCAAUGAGCACAUAUUAAGUUUAAAAACCCAUUUGAGUCAAUUCAGAGAGUGGCUAUUAUCAUUAAUUGGAUUAAAGAUGAAUGUUAUUUAUCUUUAGUUAUUGUUUUAAUUUUACAUACAAACAAUUUUUGUGCCUACUGAUGUUAGAGAUGUUACGGUGUUGUGUAAGUCCGUAAUACUUUCUCAAAAGGUGUUUGCCACUUCCAAAGUGGCAAAGUUUUGUAUAAAAUACAUUUGAUGCACAUUCAAUAAAUGUAUUUAUUCUGUCCCCAGCCUGUCAAUUAACCAAUGCACAAGUCUGUUCCAGUCAAUGCCUCCAUUUGUCACAAUUUUGGCUUUGACAACAGCUGUUCAUUAGCCCCUUUGGAUUUUACACCGUAUUACUCUUUUACUGCAUUACUCUACAGCUGUACAACAGAAGGCAUAUGCUGUCAUAGACUGACUUUUAUUUAAUUAGUCUUCAGAAACUUCUCUUAAAUGAUUGUCUGUUAUCAUAUUUUACUGUUGUGCAUUGCAACUAUUUGAACAGCUUUCAGGAAAAUGAUAUGAACUUUUUCUACCUUCAUCAUUUUGUUAUUUCACAGACAACAGAUUAAAUAACUUGUGUGUAGUACCAUCCCCUCAAAGCAAAGACUCAAAAGUAAAGUCCAGCAGUGCUGAUAGGUACAGCAGAUAUGUCAUCAUCAUCAUCAUCAUAAUUAUUAAGUUAUUAUCAUUGUUGUUAUCAUUAUUUUGACAUUAACUAAGAUUUUAAUGUUAUGAAGCGGAAAAUUGUCAAUGGGAGAUGACUCAAGAUGUAGGGGGAGGCUUAAUUAUAAGCAAGCCUAAUUGUGAUCUCUUAGUCUUCCUCUUUCUGCUGUAAGAGUUUGAAGACAAAAUUUUUUUCAAAAGGCAACUAAUACUAAUAACCUCUAACACUAGAAUAUUAAGUUCCAAAAACAUGGGGAUUUUUUAAAUUUGUAUUUCGAUUCCUGAGUUACCUCAGAUGAGUUGUAAGCGACUGGGAAAGUCUUUCUUGCAAUCUAUUUUGGAGGAAUGUCCUUAUUUAUCCCUUGGUGGAGCAUAUUUCUGGGUAUCUACUUACCACAGUGUAGAACUUAACAAUUGUUUGCAUUUUAUUUUUACCUACUAGUCAUGGCAGUAUAAGGGUGAUUGAAUACUGAAUUUUACAUUUCAGUGCUGGUCAUAGUAAUAACUGUGGGAGUGAACCUAGGGAAGACCAAAGAUUAUACUGGAUGGCUGUGUGUAGACUGCCUCCAUUUGAGGCAGAGCAUGAGGUACAAGAGCAAGUCAUCUGCAAACUUUUGCUGACUGUUUUUAACCCUGUACACCAUAAGAUCAGUUUGCCUAUUCUCCAUACUGUUUUUUUUACACAUUUUUUAAGGUAAUAACAAGGAUAAUUUGUUUAACGAACAAGAGCACCUUUAGUUUGCGAUCAUUUCCUUUAUUCUUUUGACUGCAGUGUGUGAUUCAGGGGUGAUAUUGUGAGGAGAAAUUACAUGCUAGUCACUCUGAGAGGUCAAAUGGUUUAUGGUUUAAAUCUAUAGAUGGUAAAACAUCAAGUGAAGACAGUCAGCAAAAGAGCUUAUUAGUUACAAAUUUUUAAUUUAUUAGUUGCUUUAAGGGGAAGAUCAGAACCAAUGAAAUGACUCGUGAUGAGAGUUGUUUGCUACAAAGGGUUCUUCCAUUGUUAGACAGCCUUUUGCUAUGGUAUUGGCUGGCUAGGGUAUAUUUUAGAUUUAUUCAUAUACACAUGUCACAUGAAAGACAUCAUUAACUUGGUGAGAAGUAAAACAAGGAUCAUAAUUCAUUGAUGAUUGCAAUAAUCAACUACACCAACAGCAGUUACCCAGCAUACAACAUAAUAUGAACUAUUGACUGAGUGGGAGGGCCAGGUGGGAAAGUAUUUGGCUCAAGUUCAUAAUGUACAGGCUGAGCGGAGUGAGGUCCGUGUGUCAUGACCUAGAGCUUGGUUCCUUAUGUCUUGUUAACUUUGGACAUGACUUUUAUUCUUUUAUAUUCACAGCAUUUUAUGAAUUUAAACUACAAGUGUUAUAACGCAAAUGGGGAACAAGUAUUAGAAGAAGGUAGGAAAGUUAAAUUUGUUCAAUCUAUAAUUUCCCAAUGGUCAGUGAUGCAAACUUCAAUUUUUUUUUCAAUGUCUGUCUGUCUGUCUGUCUGUCUGUCUCAACAUCUAAGCAGUGUUCUCCAUUGUGAGUGCCAUACUUUUUAUUGUAUUUCAAUUCAAAUAAUUGUGUUUUCAAUCAAUUUUCCCUGGUUGAUGAUCAUUCAAACAGCUUGAAAUAGUAACUGAGGCAAUAAUAGUGGCAGAGUGGAAAUGCCAGGAAGGUUUGGGUCAAGUUAAUAAAGAACUCAUAGUGACCCGCCCCAAACCUCCCUCAUAAUUCACCUCAACAACUGCCACACCGGUAACCAUCAUAAUGUUUUACCUACCAAAAACCUGGAACAGGCUAGCCAAUAUUUGCCUUUUAUUGAUGUGAUGAAAUGUUUAUAUUGUAGUUGGAAUAUUACGGGUACUUAUUUACUACCUCAAGGAGUGACAUAUCAGGAUUGUGUAUCAUAUUACAUUAUGUACUAUUAAUUUUGAAAUUUUCCUGAAUUUUCUUAUCUUUCUUCCAGACGAUACCUUAUCUUUUUAUGAGUGCCACUACCCCCCUUGCUGUAAAAUGGAAACUGAGGUCAGUCUCAUCUCUUGAUUAGUGGAUCAUCAAACUUAAAGCCCAGUGUCCAGUUACUGAAAAUGUUACAACUGGAUAUUUCUUCCCUCCUUGCUGGCCUUCCUGAGCUUAUGAUGAUUAGUUGAUUUAGUAGACAAGUUUAUAAUUUUUUUUAUUUUUUAUUUUUACAUUACUUUACUUCCUUUGUUUGAGUUAAGUGUACCUCUGAGGCCUUAAAACCUUGAACCUGUUUAGUAGCAAAAUCUUCUUGUUUUGCCACUUUGUUUGACCCUUUACAUCUUAACAUCAGUGUACACAUUCUCCAUACUGUUCUCUAUACAUUUCCUAAGUUGCUGACAAGGAGAGUUUGUAUGACAAUUAAGAGCCUCCUUUAUUAGUGAUCAAUUGCUUUAUUCUUGUGACCUUAAUAUUUGAUUUAGGGAUGAUGUUGUAAGGAGAAUUUGGAUGCUAGUCACUCUUAGGGGUUAAAACAAAAGAUUUGAAAAUUUAUUUUGACUUGUGGCAUCUUUACCUCUUUGAGCCAAAUGCAUGAAUUUUAGACAGAAUAUUUACAACUAGAUUUGAAAACUUAAUAAACUAUUAGUAAUGUACACAUAUAUCACAUGUUGCUAAUUCUCACCCUCUGCUGAAGGCCUCCAGUCCAGAUAGAAAAAUUUUACACCCUAUGUUAAACUCAGGACUUUUGCAAACCAUACCCUGUUUGGAAGUACAUACCCAUUUUCUGAGUGCCAAGUAGUUCAGUACCUACCUUCUCCCCCCCCCCCUGAAAAAAUGUUCUCCCAGCUUAACCCUUUACACCCUAACAAUAGCAUUCAUAUUCUCCACACUGAUCUCUCCACAUUUACUGUGGUAAUGACAAGGAGAAUUUGUUUGACAAUCAGGAGCUUCUUAAAUUGGGAUUCAUUUUCAUUAUUCUCAUGACCUUAACAUUUCAUUCAAGGGUGAUACUGUAAGGAGAAAUUAGGAGCCAGACACUCUUAUGCACUUAAGGGUGAACUGCAAUUAUGCAAUUGUGGAAAAUUAAUUAAACAUUUUAAUCAAGUUUGAGGGCUGUAGGCUGAGUUCCAAUGUGCACUUUUAUUUUUGAACCUCUGUCUUUACAAUGUUUAUUGCUUUUUUGUUGGUGCUGAGAAUAUGAUUAUUUCAUUGAAAUUCAUAUGUGUUCUUUGGUUGUAGCUACGAGAGUUCAGUAUUUGUGGACAGUGCCAGCAAGUCAGAUACUGUGGACCUCUUUGUCAAGAGGUGGGUCAGUGAACAGAAAAUAAUUAAACAGUUUCAGUUUAAAAUUUUAGAAUAAUUAUUAUUAGACACUAUUUACUUUACUUCCAUUCUGUAAAACAGUGGACUAUUCAAAUCACAAUUAUUGUGAUUUGAAUAGUCCACUGUUUUACAGAAUGGAAGUAGAGUAAAUAGUGUCUAAUAAUAAUUAUAGUAACUAAACAAGUAAUGAGAAUACUCAAAAUUAUCAGCUAGAAGUUGUUAUCUUGAUGUAACACCAAAUUCUCAUAACUAAUUUACAAGGAAAUGUGUAACAGCCAGAGUGGGGAAUUAACUAUCAAAUCUUGGGAGUUAAAGGGUUAAUCUGAAGAUGAUGCCCAAACCUGAUUUAAAUGUGAAAUGAGGCAUCAUGAACUUAACCACUGGAUGGUAAUCCUUGUGUUUGAUUUCUACAGAGAGAUUGGCCCUCCCACAAGAAGUACUGCAAGGAAAAGGCUCGACAGAGAAUUAAUUGUGACAUGUUCCCUGAGCGUUAG